AUGAUUUCAUUAAAAAAGGCGGGUUUCAAAUUCUUUAGAUGUAUACUUGGUCUAUCCAUAAUUAUUCCCAUUACUCUUCUAUUUUAUAAAACACCAAAAAUAUUAACUUCACCGCAAAAAUUCACCGUACAAUCGUUACCAGUCUCCUAUUUGUCUUCUACAACUUCGCCUACUUCCACUGCUACUUCGCCUACUUCCGCUGCUACUCCUCCUCCAGCUUCAAAUUAUUCAAAAAGUUUAUCAAAUAAUACUCGUCGAUUUGCUAUAUUUUCGUCAUCUAUUCAUUCUAAACUUCGAUCGUAUAUAUUCUAUACUCCAAUAGCAGCCGCUGCAUGGCAACGUAUAGGUUACGAUGUAAUUGUUGUUUUUGCUGGUGAUUUUACUAAGAAGAGUAAUGCAUCUUUAUCACCACAACUUAAUGUAUCACGAACAUUUUUAAAACGAUUAGGUGUACAUGUAAUAAAUUUUCAAUGUGAUAUAUCAUAUUCUAUCAAAAUAUCUCAAUUAGUACGUAUAUUUGCUGGAUUUUUACCAGAUACAAUUAUAAAUGAUACAGAUUAUAUUCUUACAACUGAUACUGAUAUUAUUCCAAUAUUAAAACAAGAUUAUGAAUUAAAAGAAAAUACAGAUGGAUUUAUUUUUAAUGCAUUUUGUUGUGGUACAUAUCAACGACGAAAUAAAACUUAUGAUAUGUAUCCAAUGAGUCAUAUAUGUCUGCCAAAACAAUUUUGGCGUAAUAUAUUUCUUGAAUCAAUACAACGACAAGAACUUUUAAAAUCGAAUUUAUCAGUCUCAGAUUCGAUUCUUCUUUCUGAUAAAGCCCCAUUUUCAAUCGAUACAAUAAAUCUUUAUACUCGUCAUGAAUUUCGUCAAAUAUACGAUUCAAAUAUGACAAAAGGUGAUACAGCAUGGUAUAUGGAUCAAGUUUAUUCUUCAAUGUUAUUAAAUGAUUAUUGUGAAAAACAUUCAAAUAUUAAAAUUGAUAAACGUAAACAUGAUUCCAAACGUCUUGAUCCAAAUCUUCCAUUUCAUAUGUGGGAACCAUCACGAUUAAAAACAUAUGGUGAUGCUCAUGUUAUACAUGAUGAAAUAUUUGGUUCCUAUCGUUGGUUAACAUUUAAAAAUUUAUUAUAUUUCCUUUUCAAUUCAUCAUUAGCAAAUGAUUUCAAUGAUUAUUAUAAACAAUUUACUCUUUUAUUACGAGAUAAACCAAACGAUCAUUGA